UAGCUCCAUGAUGUGAACCCUUCUCUUUUAUCUCUCCCAUUCGAACAAUAAUAAUACUCUCUUCAUUCCUUCCAUUCAAGAUCCAACCCUUCUCUCCUUCCAAUCUCUCUCGAUCUCUCCAAACAUGUCAAGCGAGAGAGGGAAAGAAUCCGGAGAAGGAUCCUCUUCACGAUCCAUCAUUCAUCAACAUCAACAACAACAAACAACACCAACUGGUCAGGCUCACCAGUUGAGUCGCUACGAGUCGCAAAAACGUCGUGAUUGGAACACUUUCGGCCAAUACCUAAAAAACCAAAGGCCACCGAUUGCUAUUUCUCAGUGUAAUUACAAUCAUGUACUCGAAUUCUUAAGGUACUUGGAUCAAUUCGGAAAGACCAAAGUUCAUGGGCUAGGUUGUGUCUUCUUCGGGCAGCCUGAGCCACCCGGACCAUGCACGUGUCCUCUGAGACAGGCAUGGGGGAGCCUCGACGCACUCAUAGGUCGACUCCGGGCAGCAUUCGAGGAGAACGGAGGGCUGCCCGAGACAAACCCUUUUGCUAGUGGGGCCAUAAGGGUUUAUUUGAGGGAAGUGAGAGAUUCUCAAUCUAAGGCAAGAGGAAUUCCUUACAAGAAGAAAAAGAAGAAGAGAAAGCCUAUGGGUGUGAAUGAUCAAGAUGAUGCCUCCAAACUGCCUUUGCAGCCUUCUUGAAUAUUAUUGCUUAAUGGAGCUCCUGAAGAGGGAAAAAAUUGAACAAGAUAU